CUUCAUUGGAGAAGAAUCUGUUGCAGCUGGAGAGGGCAGCAUUUUGACAGAUAACCCCACAUGGAUUCUAGACCCUAUUGACGGAACUACCAACUUCGUACACAGGUUUCCAUUUGUGGCAGUUUCAAUUGGCUUUGUUGUAAACAAAAAGAUAGAGUUUGGAAUUGUGUAUAGUUGUAUAGAAGACAAGAUGUAUACUGCCAGAAAAGGAAAAGGUGCAUUUUGCAAUGGUCAAAAACUUCAAGUUUCAGGCCAAGAAGACAUUACAAAAUCUCUUUUAGUAACAGAAUUGGGAUCAAAUCGCGAUCCAGAGACUAUGAAAAUAAUUCUUUCUAACAUGGAAAGACUUCUCAGUAUUCCUAUUCAUGGGAUUAGAGCUGUUGGUACAGCAGCUGUGAACAUGUGCCUUGUGGCAACAGGUGGAGCUGAUGCCUAUUAUGAAAUGGGGAUUCACUGCUGGGAUAUGGCAGGGGCUGGAAUCAUUAUUACUGAAGCAGGCGGAGUAUUGCUAGAUGUAUCAGGUGGGCCAUUUGAUUUGAUGUCUCGAAGAAUAAUUGCAGCAAGUAGUCGAGCUAUAGGAGAGAGAAUAGCCAAAGCACUUCAAAUAAUUCCUCUGAAAAGGGAUGAUGCAACUAACUAA